AAUAGGGUUGCCGGCUGAAGAAACUGGUCUCAGAGAAAAAAGUGUUGGGUUCUUUAAUCUUUGAAGGUUAAUCGUCAAUGGCAGAGAAAGGAAGAGUGUGUGUGACAGGCGCAGGAGGGUAUGUGGCGUCGUGGCUUGUGAAGUUUCUCCUUUCUAAGGGCUACAGAGUCCAUGGAUCCGUUAGAGAGCCAGUGGAUGUGAAGAAUGCUCAUUUGAAGAAACUAGACAAUGCCUUGGAGAACUUGCAGCUCUUCAAGGCAGAUUUGCUGGACUACAGCUCUCUUCACACAGCCAUUGCAGGAUGUGAUGGAGUAUUUCAUGUUGCAAGCCCAGUUCCUCCAGGAGCGGUUUUGAAUCCUGAGGUAGAACUUAUUGAACCUGCUGUUACUGGUACACUAAAUGUACUCAAGGCAUGUUCUGAAACAAAAGUGAAAAGAGUUGUGAUUGUGUCAUCUGGAGCUGCUGUUGCCAUGAAACCAAACUGGCCAAAGAAUCAGGUUAUGGAUGAAACAUGCUGGUCUGACAAGGAAUACUGCAGGGAAACCAAGAAUUACUAUUGUCUUUCCAAAACUGUAGCAGAAAGUGAGGCUUGGGAAUAUGCAAAGCAAAGUGGGCUCGAUGUAGUAACCGUUUGCCCAACUCUGGUUAUCGGGCCAAUGUUACAAUCUACACUGAAUUCUAGUAGUCGGGCUAUUGUCAGGCUUUUGAAAGAUGGAUCUGAGUCCGUGGAAAACAGAGUUGCGAAAAUUGUAGAUGUUCGUGAUGUAGCUGAAGCACUGCUGCUGGCAUACGAGAAGCAUGAAGCAAAAGGGAGAUACGUGUGUUCAGCACACAUGGCCACAGCAAAGGACUUGGUGGACAAGCUGCGGAGCUUAUAUCCUAACUACAGCUAUCCAAAGAUUUUCACUGAGGUAGAUGAAGGUGCUAAGCUGAGUUCAGAGAAAUUGCAGCGGUUGGGUUUAAAAUUCAGGCCAUUGGAGGAGACACUUGUUGAUUCUGUUAAAAGCUACCAGGAGUCUGGUCUCUUGGAUUAACCAAAUAACUCAUGGACAUUGUACAACUAUGCAUGAGGGUUUCACAAGGGUGGAGGCCAUGGUAAGUUUUUAUGUCUCUAAUAUAUAUGGUGUUUUGUUGCGACAGCCGGUAGAGGAAGUUAUAUCUUAACUCCACUUAUACAUUAUUUUGAAAA